AUUCGACACCAUUUAUAUCAAAACGAAAAUCUCGAGAAUUUUUCCAUCUACCUUGACCCGUGGCACGAUAUUGUUCAUUGCUCGAACAAUAUGAGCUGGCAAAGAAGCGACAUUACGUGCUUCGAAUAUCAAUCUCUAUUGGGUAAUCUCGCGUCAAUCGUUUGUCCAGGAGUCAGCGGCGCGGACAAAAAACAAUAGGGUCGUUGGUACCGAUCGAAUUAGAAGCAUCGAGACGCUACGCCUUUGCAUUGCACACCGGUAUAAAUGAAUUUUGAAAUCAAUGGAUCCUUCAGUCGUUGCCUCGCCUUCGAAGAAAGAAAUCAUUCAAAGAAAGGGAACAAUCGGCUAGGGUUGAAACACCAUGAAGAUUCUACUUCUUGGAUUUUGUCUUUUUUGCCUCUCUACCCUGAGAGUGGAAUCGAAGCCACAAAUAACGAAACUGUUCCCGAUCCCAGAAGAAACAAACGAUCCUCCACAACGAUCCGACAACGAUACGAAGCCUCUGGACAAAUUAUUCGGAAAAUUGCGAGCCACGUACAACUUCGUGUUUCGAAAGCCAGAGAACAUGAGCAACGUGGAGAAAAUUUUGGCCAAGGAUACACCUGACCCUGAUGUCGAAGCGCUUAAAGUAAUCUGGUCUAAUCGAAUGCAAUCGAAUUCGAAGGAUAAGGAGAAUUCGAAGAAGAGUCAACCCAAGGGAAUGUAUUUAGCGGCAAACGACGAAUGGGUGAAUGACAUUCAACCUUUGGAUCGUUUAGAGCCUCUAGAACCAUUGGAAUUGGAGGAUGAGGUAGGAAAUAAUAAGGAUCGAGAGGUGGAGAUCGUUACACCGAGAACCAGUUUCCAGUUUCCGGUCACACUUAGUCGUCAUCUCGUUGAUUGGCUUGGAUCACUUCUGGGAAUUACUUAUGGGAUCUAUUCUAAGUUGGCCAGACUUAUUUAUAGCAAUAAUACUGCAAUACGUAUUAGCUGAUUACAAGAAAUAUAUAUUUUAUAUCACUUUGGGCUUUUUGUUUGUAUUAAAAAUAAUUGAAUAAAAUGAAAAGUGAUGUAGUUCAUCCCAGGAUCUGAAAUAUUAAUAAAAACAUGAUAAUUCAACUUGAUUAGAAUUGUUCAUUGAUUUUCAUCAAUUUCUUAUAAUUUUUCAUUUGUAUAAUAAAAAUUCAUAAAUAUGAUUGAAAUAAAUGAAAUUUUACAGAUAAUACAAGUAAAUUUUUUUCUUUACAUUUAUUUUAUUCAAAAAUAUCUUGGUCUGAAAAAUACAUGUGUUACCUCUUAUCCAUUCAUCUUUUCUUUUUUUUUUCUUUUCUUUUUUGGCAAUCAUCAUAUUAUACAUAACAAUCGUUCAUCGAGUAACACCUUGUCGCGAAUCCAUUGUUAAAAUAUUUCAACACCUUUGUCAUAUCAUUUUACGUAUUAUAAUGUCCGCGAGAAAUGGCCACAAGAAUGUGGACAUUGUUAUCUUACGUACUAUUUAAUUAACUUUAAUGGAAAGA